CUACUGUUGUCCUUAUUAUUAUUAUUAAUAAUAUUAUUAUUAUACUAUUUUAUUUUAUACCAUAACCCUUACUGUUGUUCUUGUAUCACUGUAUGUUGAGAUGGUUAUUUGUAAUCCAUAAUUUUUUCUCUUGAAAAAGCAAUAAAGAAAGAAAAAAGAAAACACAGAAAAAAAAAACAGUCUGUCCCAUCCCACUGUCCCAUCAGUCUUUAGACAUACAGAAUAAUUGUGAUCCUCGCAGAGAAUAAAGAAAGAGAGCGCAUGAGGGAGCGAGAGAAGGCAGCAAGGGAGAGGGAGGCACGGUACAGCAAUGGUCACCUCUUCACCUCACUGACAGUGUCAGGAACCACACUCUGUUCAGCAUGCAACAAGAGUAUUACUGCCAAGGAGGCACUAAGCUGUCCGACAUGCAGUGUCACUAUUCACAACCGCUGUCGAGACACUUUGCCAAACUGCACCAAAAUGAAACAGAGGCAGCAGAAGACAGCCAUCAUGCGGAACAACUCAGCCUUGCAGAAUGUCACGCUGCGCACAAAAACUCCAGGAAUGCGUGAGCGUCCAAGUUCAGCUAUCUACCCCUCUGACAGCUUCCGACAAACCCUGCUGGGAUCCCGCCGAGGUCGCUCCAGCCUAUCCCUGUCUAAGAGUGUCUCCACCAACAACAUUGCAGGGACCCUGAAUGACGACUCACCCCUGGGUCUGCGUAGGAUUCUGUCCCAGUCCACAGACUCCCUCAGCUUCAGGAACAGAGCUAUGUCAAUGGAGUCUCUCAAUGAUGAUGGAGACAUCUACUAUACUUCAGUAUUGGAGGAGCUGGAGCUCGAGAGCCGGGACUUUAAGGCUGACUCAUGGAGCAUGGCUGUGGACAGCAGUUACUUGCAGACACACCGCAAAAACGUCAUCAAGAGGCAGGAUGUCAUCUAUGAGCUGAUUCAGACAGAGCUGCACCACAUGAGAACGCUGCAAAUCAUGGAAAGGGUGUUUCGGCAGGGCAUGCUCGAGGAGCUCCAGCUGGACCUGUGCACCGUGCAUGCCAUGUUCCCCUGCCUGGACCAACUGAUCAGAAUACAUUCCCAUUUCCUGGCACAACUUUUCCUGAGGCACAACAGCAGCCUGCAGCCUGGAUCCAGUCGCAACUUCACCAUUCACCAGCUGGGGGACAUACUACUAGAGCAGUUCUCAGGUCAGUGUGCAGACGACAUGCGGAAGACCUAUGCUGAGUUCUGUAGCCGUCACUUGAAGGCUGUCAAAUUGUACAAGGACCUGCUGGCCAGAGACAAGAAGUUUCAGUGCUUCAUACGGUAUGAGGAGUUUGAGCAUCUAUUGUGUUGA